UCGCGGCCGUGCGAGGUUCGUUGGAGGUUAGGGGGGCUCUUUUUCCUGGUGUCAUAUCCUCCAGCUCGUUUCUUCCGCGCCGCGCGACCUUUCCAACACCGUCAUUUGUUAAUCGCGCGCGUAAAGUCCUAGUUUCGCGACGCGUCUCGUCCGCGUUAUUCCGCGUUUCUCUGCUCGCCGCCGGAGGUGUUGCGGACCGAGCGGCACGGUGGUGCGCAUUUGUUACGCGCUUUUCGGCACGCAGGGUACCGGAGAGCCUUGGUGAAUUGUCAGUCCCUCGUGUGGAUCCCAAACGUGAUCGUCGUCAUCCCCCCGGCAGCGAGGCGAGUAUCGUCAAGGAGUGCGGUUAACGGCGGCCGGCCGAAUUGUGAGAGGAGAGACGGAAGAGAGGGAGAUAAAAAGAUACAGAGUCGCGCCCCGCGCGUAUAUCGAUACGAAUGACGAAGAUGCAGCAGCACUCGGUGCAGGCGGCACAGCGGAUAAUGCACGAGGAACACAUCCUGGAGGCGAUCGAUCAGCUUCGGCGACGUAAAGCGCGCCCCGAUGCUGAUCGCAUUUGUAAUUAUCUGCUCCGAAACUAUGCGGUAGAUGCGCGCGACACGAUCGCCGAUCUUCAUCGGCUGAUCGAGGUCGAGAAGGUGAUCCAAGUCGACUACAAGGGUAACACGAGUUACCGGAACGCGAAGAAAUGGUCGCGACUGCAGCUCUUCAAGAAUCGACCGGAGGGUUUCCUCAAAGAGAAACUCAAUUCGGGCAUGGUGUCGAGCGCGGUCGCCGAGCUCGUGGUCGAGGAGCCCGACUAUCUGGACCAGGGCGUCCCCGCGUACCGCCUGAUCGAGCAGCUGCUCGACGGCGUGUCGAGCCCGACGUCGCGUCGCGUAGUCGAGGAGUUUCUCGGCCGGGAGGUCGCGAGCGGCAAUCUCGCGCGCUUGUCCAACGGCAAUUAUUCGCUGGUGGCGACGUCCGACAUGACAACGGAUGCGGCGACACCGUCGCGACGCGGCGGCGGCGGCGGCGGUUCGCAGCCGUCCUCCUCCUCCGCGGCGGCGGUCGCCUGCGCCCUGGAGAACGGCAACGCGACGCAGCGGCGUGUCGGUAAGGCCGCUAGCAACGGCACCAUCAGUAAUGGUACCAAUGGUUUAACGACGGCGGCCAAGGCAACCAAGACGGCAGCAGCGGUAGCAACAUCUACGGCAGCAGAAUUGUAUGAGUUCAACGAAACGGAUAAUCUUACGGAUAACGAUACCAUAUCGAACACAUCACGAUCGUCCUCGCGACAGGCCAGCAAUAGUCCGAAACUGGAUCAGCAGUUGCAACAGCAGCAGCAGCAGCAGCAAAAUUCUAUCAAAAAGGGAGAAUGCUACGAGAUUACCGACAACAAGAAAAACGCCGAACGUGGCAGCGGUGGCAGCGCAUCGCCGUCGACCGUCGAGGUGACACGCAACGGCGGAGGAGUUGACGACGGCGACGGCGGAGGCGGUGAAGGCAGGGGUAGCGGUAAUAGUAAUAAUGGCCAACGGGAACGUGAUUCCCUGGAGGUAACAGUAUCGACGUCAAUAUCCAUCGAGAACAGUGUCCUCAAAGAGGAACCCAAAAGCAACGAUGCCCAAAAGACAACGACUAACCUUAAAAGAUCCGCCAAGGCCGAGCGCAAACAGCGUCUGUUCGCGAGAACGGAUGAUCGUAUGGAUAUCGAGAUUAAGUUUGAAGAUUAUCAACAAGCCGGAGGUAAGGAGGAGCGGGAAAAGCGUGAGGAAACUGGCCGGCGGUCUAGCGAGGAUCGCGAGGACGAGGAUGCUGGUAGGAGUUCGUCGACGAACACAUCUCCUACUCCACCUAAUGUGAAUACCAGUGGAUUUCGUAGUGCGCGAAGAAAGAGAGCCAGGAAAGUAUUUGAUCCUUCGGACAACAAUCUAGUGAAGCGUAAACGAGGUAGACCAGGUCACAAAAACUCCUUAAUACAAGACUCUCAAGAUUCUGUCAAGGCAACUGUCAAGGAUGGACCCUGCAGACAGUGCAGCCUCUGUGCCAAAGAGAAACAAGAGGUUCUUGUCGCUUGUAGAGACUGCACAGUACGAGCACAUCCGAGUUGUAUCUAUAAUCCGGAGGAAAUAAUUCAAAAAGCCAAUAGUAAUUGGCAAUGCGAACGUUGUAAGACUUGUACAGUGUGUUGUGAAACUUCUGACGCUGGUCCGCUGGUGACUUGUUAUAGUUGCGAUGAUGCCUAUCACUAUUUCUGUCUCGCGUCUCGUAUCACGAUAAAGUCGAAUUCGAAAUGGUAUUGCAACGAAUGUACGCAAAAACAGCAAUGCAAAACAAGUGACAGUCAAAACACUCACUCGAUCAACGGAACGAGCAGACCGGACAAGCCAGAUAGGCCAGAUAGGCCAGAUAAAUCAGAAAAGCCAGAUAAACCAGACAGAUCAGAUAGCCCGUCCAGUACAACUAUUUUACCACCAGUUCUGAGUCCACAAGUCUCUCCAACCAGGGGUUCUUCCGAUCAAAUGGAAGAUGAUGGUCCCAAAGGACCUAUUGAUCUGAAUAUUCCUGACGCGAAAACUUGGACUCCGGAUCAAGUGUAUCAAUAUUUUGCUCGACUAUUUCCCAAGGAAGCCGAAGUCUUCAGACAGCAGGAAAUAGACGGACACGCGCUUCUAAUGAUGAGCCGAAAAGACGUUUUGUGUGGACUCAAUUUGUUGUUAGGUCCUGCCUUGAAGAUAUAUCGACAUGUUUUGAAGCUUCAGUUCCGUAGGGAUGAUCCUGAAUUGUAUUGGCAAUAAUACAAACGAAUGAAAUUGGUAUUAUGUUAUGCACUUUUGAAUCUACAAGAUUUAAUUUAUUCUUCGGAAAUUAAAUCUUUUAGGUUAUGAUUGUGCGAAACAAUCCUAGUUUGUAAAAAUAUACAAUCUUCACAUUGUAUAUAUGAGAUAUGUUACACUAAAGAUCUUUACGAACACAAUAUUUCUCACAAAUGUGCUCUUUAAUGAUAAAACUAUUGAAUGCGUGAAGCGGGCUUGGUUUACUGUUGAGUCCCGCGUUGAAGAUGCAACAUUUUUUCUACAAAAAUGCGGAAAGGAUUAAACUCUAUUGGCAAUAAUAUAAAUAACUUGAAUGAGAUCAAUCCUUGCAACAUUAUGCAUGUGAUUUGUACAAAUUAAGCCUUUUUAUAGCUUAAGCUGACAUGACUCGGCUUCAAAACAUGUUGUACAAAUAAGAUACAAGAGAUAUAUCGCUAAAGAUCUCCUGCGCGAAUAAUCUGUCGCAAGCCAAAACUUGUACUGAUCCGUACACAUAUGUACAUUAACAAUUACACUCGAUGUACAUAUUUUCCGCCUUUUUCAUACGCAGUAUUUUAUAAAACUGUGCGGAUACUUUCUAUGUAUAUCUGCCAAUUGUUGUUUGUUAAUGUUAAAUUUAAGUCUGUGCCCAGAAUUUUGCACGCUGUUCGUUUUGAUAAAAAAAGAAACAUGUCAAAUGAAGAAAAAGAAAUCGCCGACUGAUUUUACACAAUUUUGCGUCACGUAUUUUAUUUUCCAGUUUUACAUAUAGGAAUGACAUUUAUUUGUAGAACGUAGAUUAAGAUACUAUCAAUUAAGGAAAACAAUACUUUGGUUUUACAUGUACUUUUCUAUUACGCAAUAAAUAUUUUGAUAUUUAUAA